UCUUCAAUUCAAUUGACUUUGUUCCAUGUUUCUCUCUCUAUCCACAAAACGAAACGCUUAAAUAAAGGCCAAACCCCCAUUCAUUCCUCUCUAGUCGCCACUUCCAAAUCCAAAUCUCUCUCUACAUAUACACACAAAUACAAGAAUCCUCUCUCCCUCUCAACACACAACAAUUCCAUAACACUUCAUAAAAAACAGAGAGUCUUUCCAUGGCAGUUGAAGCGAGACACCUCAAUCUUUUCACUCAACAACAAAUCAUUUCUAAUCAACCAAAUGGGUUUUCCUACAAUACCCACAACGCUGCUGGUGGUGGGGGUUCUUCGAUGUUGCCUUUGCCGACGCCGGAGAAUAGUUUCUUGCCGUUUCAGCACAGUUUGAUGUGUGAUUCCGUUCAGCCCAAAACGUCUGUAAACACCGACAGUGGCCUUACCUUCAACCUUCCACCCACUGCCACCGCUACAGCUAACGCUGCUGCAUCAAGGAAGCGGUCGAGGGAUUCGUUUAAUCAGUUUAAUACUUGUAAUACUGCGGCGUUUGUUGGUGAUGAUGUUUUGCCACUGCUUCAACAGUAUCAGUGUGAUAUCGACCGGAUUAUUUCACUUCAUACUAAGAAAGUAAGGAUGGAAUUGGAAGAACGACAGAAACAACAAGCGAGGGUGUUGGUGGCAGCCAUUGGAGAAGGUGUAGCAAAAAAACUCAAAGAAAAAGACGAACAAAUUCAAAGAAUGGGGAAAAUCAGUAUGGUUCUUCAAGAAAAAGUGAAAAGUCUCUACGUUGAGAAUCAAAUAUGGAGGGAUUUGGCACAAACAAACGAAGCAACAGCAAAUUCCCUGCGCACAAAUUUAGAACAAGUAUUAGCCCACGUCGGCGACGAACGUAUCUCCGCCGGCGGGAACUUCGCCGGAGCAGCGGUGGAGGAAGACGCUGAGUCCUGCUGUGGCAGCAGCGACCACGGUGCAGCAGCGGAAGAGGAGGAGGAAGUUGAAGGUAGGCGUACGGUAGCAGCGGAGGCGCAGGAUAACAGGAUGUGCAAGAGGUGUGGGGAGAAGGAAUCGUGUGUGUUGCUGUUACCAUGCAGACACUUGUGCCUCUGUGCGGUUUGUGGAUCAAGUUUAAUUCAUACAUGUCCAGUAUGCAACUCUAACAUGAAUGCCACUGUGCAUGUUAACAUGUCGUCUUGAUCAAAUCCAAAAGAAAAAACAAAGAGAAAGAGAAAAAAAUCCCAAUGAGAAUUAGGAAGAGGGAAAAAAAAUUAUAGAAUUUUGUUGAUGUAGAGAGAAAUGUUAGAAUUUUAGUUUGUAAAUUCCUUUAGUAAUUGUAAAAUGCAAAAUUGUUCAUUCUUUUUAUCUCCAA